AUACAUUAUUGUUGUGUGAGCUUUUAAAAGUGCUUACUAAUUAUGUACUUAAUCGAGUAUAUUUAAAUAUUCUUCUUUUAUUGUAUUUUGGUUAUUAGCUAAUGGUCUUGUUACCAAUGCUAUAAAUUUGUUUAAAUAAAUAAAACGAAGAAUGACAUUUUCGCUUCAAAAAUUAACUGAAUAGUUGAAUACUGAUCAAGUAAAAGUGUUCUGUGAUAGGUACCUUCUGAUUUAUAAUUAUUUAUGUUAUUUGUGCAGAAUAUUUGUUUGUUUUCGAGUGUUAAAAUGAAGCCGGAACCGGAAGCUCAAAGUAAUGGUGAACAACAAGUAACCGGUGAUGUUAUAGGCGAUACAGCCUACAGUGAGCGUUUUGUGUUGAAGAUUCUUUUAAAAUUAGCAAACUUAGACACGCUGAAAGAUGAAUUGCAAGAGCAAACAUUCGAAGAAGACCUUUGCACUCUUUGGGAUAUGACUGCAGAACGAGAUGUAGUUUUAUUUCUACUAAAACAUGACAUGCUAAACCUGCUUAGUUUUGCGUGGCCUAUUAUAGACAAUCCUAGAACAGUUGAGAUUUUAAUUGGUAUUAUUGCAAACAUGUGCUGCCAAAAGGAAGCAGUGGAAAAGCUAUUGAAUAUGAAUUCACUUGUGUCCAGUUUAUUAGAGUACAUAAAGACAGAUGAUAGCUUAUUACUAAUCCAAUUAUUAAGGCUAUUGAACUCGAGUAUAUUCUUAGCUACUGAAGAUAGUAUAUCUGUGUGGGUUAAAUUGUUUAUAAAUAGUGGCUAUUCUAACUCCUUAUACUACAUAUUAAAAAACUCUUCUAAUAAAGAUUUGCUUGUCAAUGCCUUAGAAAAUUUUAACACUAUAUGCACAUAUUGCAAUGUUGGCAAGUUUAGAACUGACUUUUUUGGCCAUUUUGUGAGUGUGGAAGCGCUUGAGUCUCUACUUACCGCAUUCAUUGAAGUAACAGAUACACAGAAAGACUCUUGUGAGAUAGAACAGUUAGAAAGAGUUCUACUUAUAAGCUUACAAAUCAUUCUGAAUUUGGUUGGCUUUGAUCGGUCUAAAGAGAUUUAUAGUGAUAAUAAAAAUGAAGUUAUAAAGAUCAUAUCUCAGGCAUUUAAGUAUUAUGAAAAUAAAUUAGUAAAUAUGAAAGAGAUUGACAUGGAUUUAGUUGAUAUUGUGGACUCUACAAUUUCUAUAACCGAUGUUAUGACUAUUCAUGAAAUGUGUAAUCCUGAUCAGUUUUACGUCCAGAGCUGUAAAAUGUGGAAGACAUUGCAUUGUAUGAGAGACUGCAGUAAAACUUCAGUCGAGUUAGAUGCAGAAGACUUAGAACAAGUCUCCUUGCAGUUGAAAGCUUCACUGUCAAAAUUAAUAUUUAUUUAUAUUGCAAAAUGUGGUGUUGAACAUUUACUUGACGCACUAGAUGAAGUUACAGAAUAUUACGAUGAAAUUUCAAGUCAGGUAGAAGAUGAAUCAGUGUUGGCUACUGUUUCAAGAAGAGUGUCUAGCUAUAGAACUAGAUUAAAAGAGUCUGUGGAUUGUUGAAAUUGUGCUAAAAUAUACUAAGCACUUAACAGCCUUUUAGCCAGCUAGUUAUAAUAAAGCUAUGAUUUAAGAACUUUAUUUCUCAGAAGAAUAUUACAAUAUUCACUUACAGAGAAAAUAUAUUCUAAUUACUAUAUUAUAUAAUAUGCGAGCCGUGAGAAUGUAACAAUAUCUAAAAUAUAUCGAUUAUUUUUUUCUUCUUUAACUAUAAAUAUUAACAGAGUAAGUAAAGUGGAAAAAAAAAACAGUAAACACACACUAGAUGAAACACUUAAAAAGAAAUAACUAU